AUGGUUAUGCCAGUUGGCAUAGCUAGUGGCCUUGACGUUGGUCUAUCAAAUUGGGCAAUUUCAUUAAUUACUAUGUCAUUGUAUGUGCAUGUUGUUUUAUAUUAUAAAAAAGGAACGUAUCUAGUACUGUAUGAUUGAAUAUUAAUAAUUUAUAUUGUUAUUUAGAUAUACCAUGACAAAAUCAACUACUAUAAUUUUUAUUCUUGGAUUUGCACUUUUUUUGAAAUUAGAAAAAAAGGUAUUUGUAUUAAUUUCUUAUACGAGUAUUUAAAAUACAAUAUAUUAAAAAAAAAACUUUAUUACAGUCUUGGACAUUAACAUGUAUUGUAAUAAUGAUAUCAGGAGGUUUAUUUAUGUUCACCUAUAAAUCAACACAAUUUGGAAUUUUUGGAUUCAUAAUUUGUCUUUUAGCAUCAUUUUCAAGUGGUAUUCGGUGGACUAUGACACAAUUAAUUAUGCAAAAAUCUAAACUUGGAAUGAAAAGUCCAAUUGACAUGAUGUAUUAUAUGCAGUUAUGGAUGUUAUUACCCAUUGUACCAGUGAUGAUAUGGUUUGAAGGACCUCAUCUAUACAAUAGUUUUAAAAGUACAGAUUGGAACGAUGUUCAAACUAUUGCAAUGACUACAACUGCUGUAUUUGGAAGUAGUAUUAUAGCUUUCCAUAUGGAAGUUAUGGAAUUUUUAGUUGUUACCUAUACUUCUAGUCUUACACUUUCAAUUAUUGGCAUAAUCAAGGAAAUAUGUAUCCUAAUAUUGGCUGUUGAAUGGGAAGGUGAUCAAAUGAGUGAUCUUAAUUUUAUAGGAUUGUUAAUGUGCCUUUGUGGAAUCACAAUACAUACUAUACAAAAAGCAUUAUCAAAUAGAAAUAAAAAAGCUGAAAAUUUGGAAUUACAAGUAAACUCUCUUUCAAGUAAUAAUUUAAAAACUGAAGAAGGAAUUGACACAAAUUUGCCUUUGUUAACUCAAAAAUCGACAUCGCUAACAAAUCUUUUAAACGCGGAAUUUAGUUCCGACGAAGAUGAUGUAAUUAAACAUGGUGAGAAUUCUACUCAAAUAUUAUCUAAUAUAUUGCAACGUAGAGAGCAGUAAAGUUUAAAAAAUACAAUAUUUAUUUAUUUUUAAAAGUCAUUCCACAUCUAAUUACAUAUUAUUUACUGCAUUUUGUACAUAUUUUUAUAUGUCAAUUUAAUUAUUAAAUCUGUAUUUUUUUUAUUUUUCAAUGAAAAUGUUAACAAUUGUUAUGGAUAUUUUAUUUUUAAAGAUAUAAUUUAUGUUUGCAAAAUUGCUUUUGAAUCUAUUAUUUUACAUUAUUUCACGAAACAAAUAAAUUUUUACUUUAACACUUAAAAAUUUAAAGAGCGCAAAUAAUACAUAGAAAACAAGUACAUGUUAUAUAUAUAAAAUAUAUAACAAAUAACUUUAAAAGGAAAUUUAUUUUAUAAUUAUUUAAUUACAAUCUGUGUUAUUAGUUCCUUACCUAAAAAUGACAUAAUUGUAUCUUUUCAUUUAGUAAUAAUUUUUUCAAUUAAUCUUAUUUAUAUACAUUUAUGUUUAAAUAAUAAGGCUAUUAGAAACACACACAGCAUAAUAAUAGAUAAUAAUGUAAACAUUCAAAAAUUGUGUAUAUUUUAUAAAUUGUUAUUAAUUUCAAAAGAAAACUGAAUGUAAUUAACUAUUUCUCAGUCAAAAUUUGCAUAAAUAGCCAUAAUUAUUAUUAUCUAAUAUUAUUUUUUCAUGAUAUACAUAAAUAUAUAUAUAGACAAACAUUAUUAAUAAUAGUCAUAAAUCAUUUUUUAUAUAUUAUUUAGUAUAUCAACAUACAUAA